AGACGGUACAAACCGAGCUGUUGGACUGCAUGCUGUCGGUUAUGAAGGAGUACAUUCUGGAGGAAGUAAAGAGGGCUGAUUUUAUCGCCAUUCAAGCAGACGAGACGACUGAUAUUUCCACCCACUGCCAGCUGGUGCUUGUGCUACGCUACAUCGACGCCAACAGUAACGUCCAAGAGCGGUUUUUCGAGCACAUUACCAUCCAGAACGCAACCGCUGACACCAUCGCUUCAGCGCUGAUGGAGAGGCUGAGGAACAUACUCCCAAACGGACAAAAGGCCAAACUUAUCGCCCAAGCUGUAACGAGGGGAGCCACCGGCGGAGUGCAGCGUAAGAUAUUGGAUGUCUACGAAAAUGCUCACUACGCCCACUGCUACGCGCAUCAGCUGAACCUCAUCAUGCAGCAGGCAGCAUCACACAUCCCCACGAUCCGCACCUUCUUUUCUGACCUUGGUGGGUUUUCUGCCUUCUUCUCCAGGUCACCCCAGCGAACCACCGUGCUCGACCAAGUGGUCGCGCGUAGACUUCCCAGAGCCUCUACAACACGGUGGAACUUCCACAGUGUAAAUACUGUGCACGAGCACAAGGAUGACCUCCUGAAGUGUUUCCAGACCAUCAGGGACUCUGGGAACUUUGAUCCCCUAACUGUCCGAGAGGCAGGGGGCUUUGUGAGGAUGCUCGAAGACGAGACUUUCUGUUUUUUCCUGGCAUUGUUCCACAAGAUCAUGCCUAAUGUGGACAUGCUAUCCAACCAGCUGCAGAAGAGGGACAUCGACCGCCUCUUCAUUGAAGCAGUUGUCCAAAGGUUCACAGACGGCAUUCUAACGAUCAGAGCCUCCAUUUCCUCUCCGUGUGGGGACGGUGCAUCUGACCAGCAGCACCAGCCCAAAAAGCAACGCAGGAUGCUGGGACCAGGAGAACAACAGAGGCUGGCUACAGAGGUACGUUGUGAUGUAGUUGUAUACGUUAUACACUCGCACAGACAUGUACCAUAUGUGUGUAUACACAGCCCGAGCGUACGUGGUAAUUACAGGAAGUAGUCAAAUAUUCAGUAACAUGGUCGUCUGUCUCCUUGAAGAAGGGAGGACAAGCUGGUAACUGACCGUCUGAUACAUUUUGAUGUUAUAAUUUCCCAU